CUAUUAACCGAACUUUUGCGCGGCAGAAGCCCGGAUGACGUCAGCGAUCGGAUGGUACGGGCCGCUAAUCGACCUGUCGAAGGCGGCGCUUCACAUCGGCGACUUCGUUCAGCUGGUGGUCUUCAUCCACCGCAUCACUCCUCUUCAGUAUAAAUUAUCCAACGGCGGGGAGGUGAUCCGGACGGACAUCCAGGUCGGCGACGAGACGCGGCCGUUUUUCUCUGUCUCCCUGUGGCAAAAGCAGAUGGCAUCCACGGCCGUCUACGGCGACGUCGUUUUGCUACAAAAUGUGAAGGUAGUAAAAUAUCGUGAUGUUGUUGAAGCUAAAACCGUCACACAGUCUUCUUUGCACCGUCUACUUCAUCCUUACGAUUCUGUUUUAACCAAAGGUGCCGAUGAGUUGAUAGAGGGGUGUCGAGUUGGUGUGGUUGUGAAGGAGAAGCUAAGAAAGGUUGUAGAGUGGGUGAAGAAGAGCGACGUUAGUCGGUUACACAGCUCUCGGCUGCAGCAGAGGCAGUUCCCUAGAAACUGGAAGCUGCCAGAGGAGAGUGAAAAGUUCGAGGAUUGUUACUCAAUCUCGCAGUUGUCACGUUUAACCAAUUCUUGCAAGGCAGUGUUUGAUGCAUCUGUUGCUGAAAUUUUUAUGCCACUGGCUGAAUGUGAGUCUUCAGGUGACAAGGAAGACAUGUUUGUUAGUAGGAGAUUGACUAAAAGAGGAGAUCCUGGUCUGGUAAGACAUCUUAUCUGUACAGGUUGCCGGAUGUGUGGCUUGCCCUUGGAAGUGAACAGCGGAAACACGUCUAAGCAAAAUGCAGCUGCUCUGAUAUGUUCUGAAAGCUCGGACCGCCACCAUGUUAUAAGCCUCAUAUACAGGCCUUUCAUGUUAUAUGUAUGGGACCAUUCAGAUUAUGCACCACUCCGAGUCAAAAACAAAGCCGCCGAGCUUUUGUUUGGAAACAUAAAGGCUGAAAGAGUCUAUUCGUGCUAUAAGGAAAAACCACAUGAUGGAGAAGUUGAUUUCAGAGACCCUGACACGGAAACUAGUGCAAGUGCAGAAUCCAACUCACAACCUAAAGCUGUUGAAAGAGUUCUGGUUUCUUGCUCAUCAGCUGUAGAAAAAAAGAGCUCAGACUCGGAGGGAAAGCUUGAUUUCGAGAGGAACAUGGAUUUAUAUAGGAUUUGGUUAAUUCUUCUGAAAGCUAUGCUGCAGCAAAGAACAAACAGCCCUUUGAAACUCGUAGUCAAUGUAAAUGCUAGCUUGGAUAGGGAAAAUGGGAGGUUUGAGAUGGUUUCUGUGCAGAUGCCAUGCUUGAGUACCAAGUGAUUUUCCAGACCAUAUUCAAAACUUAAUUUAGCAUUAAGGGACUCUAUUCUUGCUA